AUGAUUGCAUGGCCACCUCCUGCUAACAUCACUAAAUUGCAUGGAUUUUUGGGUUUGAUAGGUUAUUAUAGGAAGUUUGUGCGAAAUUAUGGCAUCAUUGCACGCCCUCUCACCAACUUACUCAAAAAAGGGAAAUUCGGGUGGCCUGAGGAAGCAGAAGCCGCCUUCUUGGCUCUUAAGCAAGCCAUGAUCACCACUCCCACCCUGGCCAUGCCCAAUUUUAGUGAAUCUUUCACCAUUGAAACUGAUGUAUCAGGAGAAGGAAUAGGCGCAGUACUAACACAACAGGGUAGACCCAUCACCUUUAUGAGCGCACAUUGGGAGUUGCAAAGAAAACUUGGUCAGUCUAUGCCAAGGAGAUGCCUGCGAUUGUAG